AUGCCCUACGACCGCGUAAUCCGAGACUCCGAUGACGACGAUGAUCCCUUGUUGGAGGAGUGCCCAUCUCGCAUCCACCCUGCGCCAGCCCAUCGCAGCCAUACCCCCGAUGCCAGCUAUGGGGACAUGUCAGACGAUCCGCUGCACGGGGAAAGUAGCCGACAAAUAGCGAUCGAUUUCGACGAGUUUCUCAUCUCCCAGGGAGCCGCGCAAGCGGGGAUAUCAUCCUCUCAGCAGCGGAGAGAAGAAAGAUGGAUACCAGCCAGUGUUGGGGACGGGUCAAUUGGAACUAUGAUGACUGAAAUUGGCCUCGCACAGCAACAAUUGUUUGAUGGCGAGGAUGCCCAUACCUCGGCACAGUCAGGUCCAAGAAUCGAGGACGAGCAUGAUGGUUCGAAGACAGUGGAGAAUAGGAAUGGAUUCAUCGACGGGCAAAACGGUUUUCAACGUGAAAUAAAUAUUAUUGUCGACACAGGUGCUGUUUCCCUUCCGUCAAUACAGCAACUAGGCGCACAAAACAAUGGCCGUAUGGAUAGCAACCCCGACGAUUAUUAUUAUCAGCAUGUCAUUUCUGCGCCGGUAAACCACAGCACCAGUUUAUCUAGCCAUGGUUGUGCGCAAUCAGGGACAUCAUAUAACAUCUUCGAGUCAUCCUUACGACCAUGCGAAAGUGCAUACUCUGAAAACAACACAACGCUCAAAUCCUAUCAAACCAUAUCAACGCAGACGAUGCAGAAGAGUCCCAGGCGAUGGAGCUCGAUUCAAGGCGCACCGCCAUCACCACAUGACACGGAGCCCAACUCAUCUAUUCUCUCAGCAAAAGCUGCUAGGUCCAGAAGUGACAACGUCAACGCGGACGAGAUUCUCCAGUCCCUAAGUGUGGACGAACGCUCUCUGCCCGUGGCUAUUGAGAUCCCACCAGUGGGGAAGAAACGAGGCCGACCAAAGAAAAGUCUUCCAGAUAAUGACGAGGAGAAUGAGCUUGCUCAGCCUGUUGGGAACCAGAUUGUUGAUCAGCCGUCCAUACCUGAGAAGCGUAGACCAGGUCGACCUCCUAAGAACCAAAAGAUGGCUGAAACCAGUGUGGACAGGAUAAGCCAGAUUACUCACCCAGAUGAUACGCUGCCCCUGCCAAAGCAAACAGAUGAUGAAACCUUAAACACAGCAGAGAACAAUGCAUCUCAACCACCUAUCCAACACAGCGCUCCCGAACCGAAAGCAACAAAUAUCUCAGCCGAAAACCACGACAACAAAACCAAUCCGCUAACGAACCCCACCAAAGACUCCAAGAAGAAAAAGUUGAAACGCGGCAAAACCACCUCAGUAGUGCUCAAGAAAACCUACGAAUCCGACGUCGAAGACGACGUGAUCUGGGUCGAUGAGCGACCAUCCCCCACAACACUCCAAGACGUGACAUCAGCACCUUUCUCAGUCAACAUCGAAAUAGCAAAUCCGUCUCCCUCUCACGCAAACGUAUCCGACGAGACAAGACAAGACGACGAAAACAUGAUGAAUCCAUCCAACACAAUCCAACAGUCGGAACAAGCCCCGAAGAAACGCGGCCGUAAAAGAAAAAAAACAUCGGAUCAGCCACAGCCCAUUGCAGAACAACCAGAUAAUCCUCCCAGUUACCAACAUGAAGAAUCCUCCCAUCUUAAUACAGAUGCUCAUAAUCCGUUUUCACUAGACAAUCACACCACGAACAUUGAAGCGAAUAAUACCCUCCCUGCUCAGAUCACAUCUCCUGAAGAACAGAACACAUCGUCCCACUCGGAAUCACCACCCAAGCAGACAUCCAUCUCAAACGCACCGAUGACUCCGAGUAAACCCCCCCCUGGAACACCACUCCAAUCAUCAACGGAUCCCAACCCAGAUAUAACCACCAAAGGACCAGAUAAACACAGUCCCAUCUCAUCUACAAGCAAGGUCCCGUACCGAGUGGGCCUGAGUCGACGGGCUAGAAUUUCGCCGUUGUUGAAGAUUGUUAGAAGGUGA